UAUAUUAAAUAUUAUUUAUGGAUCAACUACAAUCAUCCACCUAACCCGCGUACCGAUACAUAUUCUUAUUGUUUUUUUGCCGAUACAUAUUCACAUAUGUACAAAAGUUUCACCUAAACAAAAUUGAGUAGAAACAAAAGUUUCACCUAAACAAAAUUGAGUAGAAACAAAAGUUUCACCUAAUCCAGAUCAUCACUACCUCAUCCAAUCCAAUGGCUUAAAACCCGUCCACUCAAAGAAACACUUAUCUACUAACAACGGCCAAUAACAUUCCACGUGUCCACCAGAUAAAGCCUUAUUAACCCACCCAAUCCAACGGACAUUACUCUCAUUCCAUUUCCCUCCACUCUCAACUCCUCACCGGCGCAACCACCACAACUAUCUCCGACCACCGUCAAUCUCCAAACACACUCACCGAAUCGAAUGCUUCCAAAUCGUAAUCAGAUUUAUUCAAAAACCACAAAAUCGAACGAUUCGAAGUGAGCGAGCGAGUUGAUGGCUGAUUCAGAUAACGAGUCAGGAGGAGCACCGAACGCCGGUAACAGCGAGUUAUCACCACGAGAACAAGAUCGAUUCCUACCGAUAGCGAACGUAAGCAGAAUAAUGAAAAAAGCGUUACCUGCAAAUGCGAAGAUCUCGAAAGACGCGAAGGAAACAGUUCAGGAAUGUGUAUCGGAGUUCAUCAGUUUCAUCACCGGUGAAGCUUCCGAUAAGUGUCAGAGAGAGAAACGAAAGACGAUCAACGGUGACGAUCUACUUUGGGCGAUGACUACGUUAGGUUUUGAAGAGUAUGUUGAACCGUUGAAGAUUUAUCUUCAACGAUUCAGAGAGAUCGAAGGUGAAAAAACCGUUGCUGCACGUGAUAAAGACGUUGCUCCUUCUUCUUCAUCAUCUUCUGUUUUCGAUUACGGUGCUCCUCCUCAGGUUGGAAUGAUCAUGCAUCAUCAGCAAGAACAUCAGCAGCAUCAGGGACACGUGUACGGUUCUGGUGGUUUUCAUCAAGUGCCAGGUGGACCUGGUUAUCCUAAUGCUGGAUCUAAUGCGGGUAGACCCAGGUAGAUUUGGUGUGGAGAAGGAUUUUAGUGUUAAUUAAUGAAGAGUCUUGGACUCAUAAUUGUGAUUAAUUAAUUUGAGUAUUAUUAUUAAUUAAGGUAAAGUGGGAAUUGUAGUUAUUUUAAUUUGUUUUGAUUAGUGAUUGGCAGACACACUAACUAACACAUGGAGACUAGCUCAGUCAUAUGAAGCAGAAAGUGGGUUAGUAGUUGUAUUGCAAAAUGUUGUUGUAAAUUAAUAGUGAUUUCUUUGCUUUUUGUAUGUUAAAUAUUUCUUUUUAUUGUUAAAAUGUUAAUUAAUUGUA